CCUUUUUGAGGAGGCUUGGAACACCCAAGUCAGAGUAGGUGGUACUUUAGCUCCUUGUGUCCCCUUUUUGGGGACGUUUGGAAUAACCAGGGCAGAACAGCUGGCACUUUGUCUCCUUUUACCCCUUCUGAGGACGCUCAGAACACCCAGGGCAGAACAGCUGGCACUUUAACUCCUUUUGCCCCUCCUGGGGACGCUCAGAACACCCAGGGCAGAACAACUGGCACUUUAUCUCCUUUUGCCCCAUUUUGGGGAUGCUCAGAACACCCAGGGCAGAACAGCUGGCACUUUAUCUCCUUUUGCCCCUCCUGGGGACGCUCGCAAGGACCCGCCGAGCGCGGCGCCGAGCCCAGCGCGCACCCGGGGGCGCUGCCGCAUCCCCGGCGCUCCUGCCCUCCUCCUCCUGCCUCUCUCCUCCUCCUCCUCAUCCUCCUCCCCCCGGAAAGCAGCCCGGCCCACCGCCGCCGGAACAAAAGCGGCGCCGAAGGUGGCCGCUGCGGCCGCGCCAGCAUGUCCGCCAGCGGGGGCAGCUCCCCGGGCCACGCCGUGAAGAAGCGGAGCUCCGCCGGCGGCUCGGCCGCCUCGCUGGCGCAGGAGGAUGAGAAGCAAGCCAUGGAGAAGAUGCUGGAAGGCGCGCAGGAGAACGGCUGCGCCCGCUCGCCGUCGCCCUGCGGCUCGGCCGAGGGGGUGGCCCUGAAGAGGAACAUCACGCUGCUGAACGGCGUGGCCAUUAUCGUGGGCACCAUCAUCGGCUCCGGCAUCUUCGUCACCCCCACGGGCGUGCUGCGGGAGGCGGGCUCGCCGGGGCUCUCGCUCGUGGUCUGGGCCGUGUGCGGCGCCUUCUCCAUCGUGGGCGCGCUGUGCUACGCCGAGCUCGGCACCACCAUCACCAAAUCCGGCGGGGACUACGCCUACAUGCUGGAGGUGUACGGCUCGCUGCCCGCCUUCCUCAAGCUCUGGAUAGAGCUGCUCAUCAUCCGGCCCUCCUCGCAGUACAUCGUGGCUCUGGUGUUCGCCACCUACCUGCUCAAGCCCAUCUUCCCCACCUGCCCCGUGCCCGAUGAUGCCGCUAAGCUGGUGGCGUGUCUGUGUGUGUUGCUGCUCACAGCUGUCAACUGCUACAGUGUCCGAGCUGCCACCCGUGUGCAGGACGCCUUCGCCGCGGCCAAGCUGCUGGCCCUGGCCCUCAUCAUCAUCCUGGGCUUCGUGCAGCUGGCAAGGGGUGAUGUGGAAAACCUGACCCCAGAGAAGUCCUUCGAGGGCACCAAGGUGGGCGUGGGGAACAUCGUGCUGGCUCUGUACAGUGGCCUGUUUGCCUAUGGAGGAUGGAAUUACUUGAAUUUUGUGACAGAAGAGAUGAUAAAUCCCUACAGAAACCUGCCCCUGGCUAUCAUCAUCUCCCUGCCCGUGGUGACCCUGGUGUAUGUGCUGACCAACCUGGCCUACUUCACCACGCUGAGCACCGAGCAGAUGCUGACCUCGGAGGCCGUGGCUGUGGAUUUUGGGAACUACCACCUGGGUGUCAUGUCCUGGAUCAUCCCUGUGUUUGUUGGGCUCUCGUGCUUUGGCUCUGUCAAUGGAUCUCUCUUCACUUCUUCCCGGCUGUUCUUCGUGGGAUCCCGGGAGGGACACCUUCCCUCCAUCCUGUCCAUGAUCCACCCCCGGCUGCUCACGCCCGUCCCGUCGCUGGUGUUCACGUGUGUCAUGACCCUGCUCUAUGCCUUCUCCAACAACAUCUUCUCAGUCAUCAACUUCUUCAGCUUCUUCAACUGGCUGUGUGUGGCCCUGGCCAUCAUUGGGAUGAUGUGGCUGCGCUACAAGAAGCCAGAGCUGGAGAGGCCCAUCAAGGUGAACAUCUGCCUGCCCAUCUUCUUCAUCCUGGCCUGCCUGUUCCUCAUUGCUGUUUCCUUCUGGAUGACACCCAAGGAGUGUGGGAUUGGCUUUGCCAUCAUCCUCAGUGGCAUCCCCAUUUACUUCUUCGGGGUCUGGUGGCAAAACAAGCCCAAGUGGGUCCUGCAAGGCAUCUUCUCUGCCACCGUGCUGUGCCAGAAGCUGAUGGAGGUGGUUCCUCAGGAGUCCUAGGCAGGAGCAGCAGGGACACUGAGCUCGAGGAAACGCACAAGGUUCUGCUGAGAUGACACAAGGAUCCCACCCCUCACUCCCAGUCCAGCACUGGAGCUGCCUCUGGCUGCCCCACAGCCCCAGGCUCUGGCAGCUCCUGCAGCCCCUGCAGCCCAGCCAGGAGGAGCCCUUGGUACGAGCAGGAGCCAGGAGGAGAAUCCCAAAGGGCAAUUCCAGGGGGUGCUGCUGUGCCCCUGGGUGUGUGAGGGCUGGGCUGGCUCUGGGGGCUCCUUUGCUUUGGCUCUGGGAUCUGCUGGAGCCUGGUUUGAGUGUUCAGAGUUCCUGGGGGUCCUGAGCUGCCUUACCUGGCCCAGGUGGGGGGUGGGAGGCAGAGUUGGCUGAUGAUGCUCACUGCCCCUGACUCACACCCGUGUGCUGCUGGACCUGGCAGUGGGACAGGGCAGGGCAGGGGCAGUGAUGUAGGGAGCCCUCAGCUGAGUGUCACUGUCCCUCACUGUCCCUGCCACCCUCUGGGUUUGGAUCAGCACUCUCAGUCCAAGGCAGCUCCCUGCUGCUGAGCCAGCCCCCAGGUGCUGCUCCCCACAGUGCCCAUCCCUGCAGUGAGCACUGAGGGGGAGUUCUGCAGGAGCCCAGGAGUCACUCACUCCUUGCCUGGCUCCUCCAUGAUUUCUGUGCCACUUUCACCCAGCAUGGCAGAGCAGCUCUGCUCUCUCCUCAUGCUUGCCCCAAACCACCUGCAGAGAGAAGCCAAGGGUGGGGAUUGCCCUGGCACAUUCCUGGGGUCUCUCUGUGCUGUUCCUCUGUCCUGCUGUGCUUCCUCUGGAAUGUGCCACGGAGCUGGCACCACCUGGGUCAGGGCUGUGGAGAUGUCCUGGCUGGCUGGAGCCACCCUGGGCUGUGGUUGGGCUGGAAGGGACCUCAGAGCCCAUCCAGUGCCACCCCUGCCGUGGCAGGGACACCUCCCACCAUCCCAGGCUGCUCCAAGCCCUGUCCAGCCUGGCCUUGGCACUGCCAGGGAUGCAGGGGAGCCACAGCUGCUCUGGGCACUGUGCCAGGGCCUGCCCAGCUCUGAGUAGUGCAGGUGAGUUCAGCUCUGAGGGCAGGGCUGGGCCUGGUCCUCCACCAGGUGUGCUUUGGUGAGACCCAGCACCAUCCUCUGCUCCAGAGCCAUCCCUGAGCACAAUCCAUGCUCUGCACGUGCAAUCCUGGUUUGCUGUGCUGGGUGCUGCCAUCCCAUCCUGGGCACACCCACAGUUCCUGUAUUCCCAGCAGUCAGCUCUGUCCCCUUAGGGACACCUUGGUCCCAAGUGUCACUUCUGGAAAGCUGCAGUUCCUGCACCAUUGCUCAUUGUGCCUCUGUGCUCCAUCACUUGGAAUUCUGAUCCUUUCCCCCUGGAGCUGCUUUGCUGUCUCUGUUGCAGAUCUCUGUGCUCGUGCUUUGUGCAGGUGGCUUGGUGAACUAUUCCCAUUUUUUUUGUAAACUUGGCCAUUGGGAAGCCAGGAUGCUCUGGGAGCUGUGGCUUCCCUCUGGAUUCUCCUUGAACAGAGUUCUCUGGGGUGAAGGGGCAUUAAGGACACCGUGGUACUCACUCAGGCUUGGUGCUGGGAUGUCCUGCAGCACUCCAGGUUGUGUUGGGGCAGCUCCACAUUGCACUGCCAGCCCUGUGUCCUGCUCUGACAGGAACAGGGGAGACAAUCAGCUCUUCAUUUAUUCCAUGGCAGCUGGGCUGGAGAUCCCCAAUCCAGCUCAGUGACAGAGUGGUGAUUCCCCAAUCCAGCUCAGUGACAAUGUGGUGAUCCCCAAUCCAGCUCAGUGACAAUGUGGAGAUCCUCAAUCCAGCUCAGUGGCAAUGUGAAGAUCCCCAAUCCAGCUCAGUGACAGAGUGGUGAUCCCCAAUCCAGCUCAGUGACAAUGUGAAGAUUCCCAAUCCAGCUCAGUGGCAAUGUGAAGAUCCCCAAUCCAGCUCAGUGACAGAGUGGUGAUUGCCCAAUCCAGCUCAGUGACAAUGUGGAGAUCCCCAAUCCAGCUCAGUGACAAUGUGAAGAUUCCCAGUCCAGCUCAGUGACAGGGUGGAGAUUCCCAAAUGUUCUCUCUGGGAGCUGAGUUAAUCCAUGAGGAUUUGCAGCUGGUUUGGGAAUAUCCAGAGGGCAGAACCCAAAGUUUUAAACCAGUGCCAUGAAUUGGAACAUCUGAGCUCUGAUGCCUGUGGAGAGGCUUUGGCAUAAAUAAGGUCAGGAAUCACAAAAUCUGAACUGGAGUUUUGGCUUCUUCCAGCUGCAGCUGAGAUGUCUGGAGCAGUGAUGGGAAAGCAGGGAGAGGUUUUUUUGGCUGUGAGGUCUCAGUGCUGGGUUCAGCUCUCAGUGGGGGCUCUCAGUGCCAAACCCCACCAGCAGAAUUCCUUGGGAUGCAAAGCAAAGGCUUUGGAGUCUCAGCCCCUGAGCCCAGAGUCAGCUGGCACCAGGGCUCCCCUCAGAGAGCUCAGGGUUGGGGCCACACUCCAAAGGUGGCUUGGACUCUGUCCAUCAGGUGAUGGCCAUCAGUGUCCUCCUGGUGACCCCUUCACACUGGUUUGAAAGAGGAGCUGUCACACUAAAAAUUCUUUUUAAGCAAUUAAUGGAUUUUCAUUAAAUCCUUAACUCCCUUGCUUUGCUUUUUGUGGAAUUCCAUGAUUUUUCACUUGCUGCUGAAGAUCUGUCUCUUGUACUAACCUGGCACUGAUCCCACGUUCAUGGGGAUCUCAUCAGCAUCUCCUUGGCAAUAGAGGUUUAGGAAGAAACUGAACCAGGUACCAGCACAGAGCCACACAAAGGCUGAAUUUGGUCAGCCACAGCUCACAUCUCAAAGUUCAUCUGCCAAAAAGUUGAUUUCUGUCACCCUGGAGUCAUUGAUCCCCCUGGUGACAGGGCUGGAGGAGCUGGGGUUGGUUUUUCCUAGAGAUAAUGAGGAAAGGGGUAAAACUGAAUUUAAUUUUAGGAAGAGAAGACAAGAAGUAGUUUCUCCAAUCAUGGAAAUGGCUGCCACAGCCUCUGCUUUUCCCACAUCUGCCCUUGGCUUGCACUGUUCUGAUGGAUUUGGGUAUGGGAAAGAGAGAAUUCAUCUCUGGGAAAGACCUUGCUGCUCAAACCAGGGGGAUUUUUGUCAUCCUGGUGGAUUUAUGUUAUCCUGGCAGAUUUCUAAUUAUUUUUUUUUAAACUUCCUGCAAAAUUUUUAGUCUUUCCCAUCUCAGACACCGUGUUCUGGUAAACAGGCUUUUGUUUGGAACAGCCCCCUCGGUGGCCACGGAGUUCAAAGGGACUCUGGCACAGUGGAACAAACUUUAAAGUCCCUUCAGCUGGAUUGGAACUCCUGGGAAGUGGCUUUGUUGUUGUCCAAGUCCCCUCCCAGUGGGUGGCUCGGGCAAGGGAAUCAGUCAGGCUCCUCCAGGGCUGCUCGUGGUGGGUCUGGCAGGGGCAGUGGGGCUGGGACAGACCUUCCCACAGUCCUGCUCUGGCUGCAGGGAAUCCCAGGGAAUGUCUCCACUCAGUCUGGGAAGGUACCUGUGUCUUCUAUUAUUUUUUAACAGAAAAUCAAAUUCCAAACCAAAUCCACGAGGAAACUGCCAGACAUUGUCCUUGCACAAUUCCAGCUGCUCCUGUGGGAUGGCAGCCUUCCCUCCUCCCCUGACAUGGGGAAAGGGCUGGAGCAGAGCAGCUCCUGCAGCUGGGAAAGGGCAGCCCCAGGGUGAGGAGCUCCAGGUGCUGAACUCUGGCUGUGACCCCAGGGAUUGAAUCCCAGCAGUCCCAGCCUUGUGCCAGUCCUGGGAGCAUCCUGAGUCUGGGAUGAGCCACAGCCAGCCAGGCUUGGCUGCCAAGCAGGGACAUCCCUGCAGGGGUGAGAAUCUGCUCCUUCAUCCCUGCAGGGGUGAGAAUCUGCUCCUUCAUCCCUGCAGGGGUGAGAAUCUGCUCCUUCAUCCCUGCAGGAAUUGGAAUCUGCUCCCUCAUCCCUGCAGGGGUGAGAAUCUGCUCCUUCAUCCCUGCAGGAAUGGGAAUCUGCUCCCUCAUCCCUGCAGGGACAGGAAUCUGCUCCCUCAUCCCUGCAGGGACAGGAAUCUGCUCCUUCAUCCCUGCAGGGGUGAGAAUCUGCUCCUUCAUCCCUGCAGGGACAGGAAUCUGCUCCCUCAUCCCUGCAGGGACAGGAAUCUGCUCCCUCAUCCCUGCAGGGGUGAGAAUCUGCUCCUUCAUCCCUGCAGGAAUGGGAAUCUGCUCCCUCAUCCCUGCAGGAAUGGGAAUUGCUCCCUCAUCCCUGCAGGGACAGGAAUCUGCUCCCUCAUCCCUGCAGGAAUGGGAAUCUGCUCCCUCAUCCCUGCAGGGACAGGAAUCUGCUCCCUCAUCCCUGCAGGGACAGGAAUCUGCUCCCUCAUCCCUGCAGGAAUGGGAAUCUGCUCCCUCAUCCCUGCAGGGACAGGAAUCUGCUCCUUCAUCCCUGCAGGGACAGGAAUCUGCUCCCUCAUCCCUGCAGGAAUUGGAAUCUGCUCCCUGAUUCAUGCAGGAAUUGGAAUCUGCUCCCUGCAGGAAUGGGAAUCUGCUCCCUGAUCCCUGCAGGAAUUGGAAUCUGCUCCCUCAUCCCUGCAGGGACAGGAAUCUGCUCCCUCAUCCCUGCCAGACAUCCCAGUUCUGCCAUUCCCAGGACAUUCCCUCAGUGCUCAGGGAGGCUCCAGGGGCUCCUCGUUCCUGGCUGUUCUCUGAGCAGUUACACCCAGGAUUGUGCUGGGUUUGCCUGGGCUGGAGUUCCUCCCAGUUGGAACUGGAGCUGGAGCUGGAGCAGGGUUGGGAAUGUGUGGGGGAUGCAGCAGAACUCCCAGACUGAGGAUGCAGUGGUAGGAAACGUGGCUUGGGGUCAGUGAUCCCAAAGGAUCCCAUGCCCAGAGGAUUAUUCCAUGUUCCCCUCCCAGUUCCUUACCUGAGAAAAGGGUGUUGCUUCCUCCAGCUGUGGAAGAGGUAAUGAGUAAAAAUAAAAAGUAUUUUUUUAAACACUGAAUUAAUUUCUAAACUGCCUAAAAGAGACUUUGUAGCUACAGCUGAGUUCUUCCCUGGGGCUGAGGCUGAGCCCAGCACAGGGGCUCUCCCCCAUCCCAGGCUCUGUGCUGGGAUCAGCCUCACACACAGGGAAAACUGCUUUGUUCAGAGGGCAGGGAGAGCUCUGUGUCCCACCAAAUCCUGGGAGAGGGAGGAUCUUGAGUGGUUCCCAGACCUCACCCCACCCUCAGAGCAAAGGGUGACCUUCACUCCUGGUGAAGAAUCUGAUUUUUCAAAGACACUUUGCUUUGUAUUUUUGUUGUUGUUUUUUUUUUAAACACAGGAAAAAAUUGCUCUUAACACACAUAAAAAAACCUAGACCUGAUUUACAAUUUUGUUACAUUUGGUUGCUUUAAAAAACCUGUUUUACUAAUUUAAAUAUUGCUAUAGAUGACACUCUAUUUAUUUGAAAGGGGUAAAUAUCUUUUAGUCUUAAUUUUUCUCCAGUAAGCACUGUGUAUUCCCAAUAUUUGUGUUCCUGCAGCACAAAUUCCACUGACUGAGGCUGGGCAGCCAGCAGCUCCUGAAUCCAAUGGCCUUGGACAACAAGAUGUCUCUGCAAUGUAUUUUAUUUUAUUUUUUUUUUUUUAGUAUUUCUUGAUUCUUUUAUGUCUGUGGUUUAACAAAUCUGUUCAAUGUUUGGGUUGUUCUAUGUUUUGGGUUGUUUUGUUUUGUUUUUUUUAACAAAGAAAGCUGAAUUACAACACUCUCGUUGCUGG